AUGGCAUUCCUUCAGGACGACGACGACGCCUUCGAGGCUGCGUUAUCGUUCCUAGACGAUUUUGUACCCAGCACAGGGGUAGCUGAAGAUACGCUAUACACUUCUAGCCAUGAAGACGCAUCACUCCAGAUACUUCAUGACGUUCAGAAUUUAUCCAAAUGCAACCAGCAUGCGCCGCCAGGGAGGCAGCAAUUAACUGAAGAACAAAAGAAGAAGCGGAGAGCGGAAUUCAACGAGAGGAGGAGGCUGCUACGCAAAGCUGGUAUUUAUGGCAAUGCGAACAGGGCACGCAACGAGCGGGCGAGGGAGAUUGCGUAUCUUCGGGAGCAAAUGGAGAGGCUACUGAUCGACCUGCAGAUUCGACAGACUCGACACACUGGCAAGCCGUGCAAUGAGGCGAGAGCAAGCGAGUUGGACAAGAGCUCGGAGUCGCAGAUAGCAAUCCUGUGGCAGGAGCUGGCAGCUCAGCAGCGACGUCGCCGUGAAGAGGCAGAGCGAGACAAUGUGCUGCUGAGACUCGCUAUUGAACGCCAGCGGAAGGUGGCGAAUACACUUCAAAGCCAAAUGAAGAGGAGAGCUACGCAGUUGACAAACGAAUGCGCAUCUCUGAUUACAGCUGCGCGCUCUAGGCAGCACAAAUUCAACGUAUUAGACUUUCGCGGGGACAUGGAGAGCUUCAGAGGGCUCUUUCGACGUCUUGAUGACGCGUACCACACGAUCGACGCAGUGUUCAUGGAGAAUGGCUUGGCAGGCAUGACCGUUCCUCCUGUUGAUGUUCACGUAUACGAACGCAGCGAUGGUAAAUCUGUUGAGUUUGUGAGCUACAAAGUGUUGCCGUUCGAAGUUUGUUCGACUGCAGAGGCGACAUGGAAACACUUUAAAGGUAUUGAGAAGCAUCUAGCCAACGGAAGUCUCUACGAGAAGGCAGAGAAGGGUCUUGACGAGCCUUAUACAAUCAUCGCCGACUUCAAGAAAGAAGUCGUUGCCAACAGUUCUCGGGCGGACAUCAAAGUCAAGCAAGUCAUCCGACGCUAUGUCGAAGAAGACCGAGAUAUUGUGUUGUGGGUCUCCCGCGCCGUUCCGAUCGAGAUCAAACACAAAAUUCUUCGUGGAUUGACAUAUCAUUUGCAAGGUUACGCUGUCACCAAGCGCUCGUCCGAGUCAACACCAGACCGAGAGGCGUCGGUACUCCAGUUCUGUUACGUAGUUUCUCUCGAUCACCAAGCUGAUCUGAGGACCAACCUCGCCGUCCUUAUCAACUUCCUUGUCACAACCACAGCCCAAAACAUCCGAGCACACCGGGAACUGAUCGAGAAUGCUUUGAUCGACCGAUCCCUACACAUGUCCGCAAUAAGCCAAUAA